UGUUGAUUUGGGUUUUUUUGAUGUUUUUGUUUUUUAGUGAAAGGUAAAUGGAGAGUCAAAGCUCUGUUUAAAUAUUGGUUAUAUCAUCCAUGGUACAGAUUGUGUUUGUGCAGUCUAAUGUACAUCAAAAUAUUACUUGACAGACUGAAGCUUGCUAAGUGGUUUUGGUUUAUUGGCAGGUUUCUUUUGCAUAUUAUGGUAUUGGGGAGAGGUGGUGUGAACAGAUAAAGUACUGAUGUUUCAAGUUUUCUACAGAUAUAUAGGAAAACAGUCUCAGGUCUUAAUUUUUCUUAUCUAGUUAUUAUUUAUAUGCAAUUUUAUGUAGAGUUUUUAAUCUGACAUAAGUGAGAGUGCAUGUGUACCUAUUGCACAGAAAAUAGCAAAUAAUGUAUAUCAGUAGAUAUUUUCUGUGAAUGCAUCUUUGUUACUGUGUCUGUUUAGGGUGGUGCUGUACAUAACUGUACAUAUGUGCUUGCAUAGCUGUAUGUAGAAAUGAACUAAUAUCAGAAGACUGGAGUUGAAGCUUCCAGAAAUGUAUGGGACAUUAAAAAUACUUUUUUCAAAUAUAUUAAGGGCAAUAGGCAGUAUAGAAAUAUCAGCUCGUUACAGGAUGAGGAUGGUCACCUCAUAAACAGGGACAGAGACAAGGCAGAGGUGUUUAACGCUUUCUUUGCCUCUGUCUUCAGCACAGAUGACAGACCAAGGUGGUCUCAGUGCCCUGAGCUGGAGGACCAUGACUGCAAGAAUGAUCAACUCCCAGUUGACCCUGAAAUUGUGCGAGAUCUGCUCCAGCUGGAUCCCUACAAAUCUAUGGGGCCUGAUGAGAUUAAUCCAAGAAUCCUCAAAGAGCUGCUGAUGUCAUUGCUAAACCUCUCUCAAUGAUUUUUGAGCAGUCUUGGGAAUCUAGAGAGGUCCCAGCUGACUGGAAGCUGGGGAACGUUGUCCCAGUUUUCAAGAAGGGCAAGAAGGAGGACUGUGGAAACUACAGGCCUGUCAGUCUCACUUCAGUGCCUGGUAAAGUCAUGGAGAAGAUUAUUCUGGGAAGUAUUGAAAAACGCCUGAAAGACAAUGCAGUCAUCGGUAACAGCCAGCAUGGCUUCAUGAGGGGAAAGUCAUGCUUAUCAAACCUGAUUUCCUUUUUUGACAAGGAGAAUAGCACAUUGCUUAAAAUGGACAUAAAUGGAAAGUCCAGAACUACCCUAUCUACCCUCCCUGUACCUUUUGCAGAGAUCAGUUCUGCAGGCAAAACAGAAGCAGAGAAGCCACGAUGUUCCAGCACCCCCUGCUCACCAAUGCGACAGACAAUUUCAGGCUAUCGGAUCCUUCGUAUGGAUUCUAACUACCUGAUUGGAUUCACGACUGGAGAGGAGCUGCUAAAAUUAGCUCAAAAGUAUACAGGAAAUGAAGAUAAUAAAGGGAAAUCUGGGCCCAACUUGCACUCUAAACAGCUCGAUUUAGGACUUGCAUGCUCCUCCCGUUUAUACAAAACUAGAAGUAGAUGCUAUCAACCAUACGAGAUCCCAGCAAUAAAGGGGAGGAGGAGGAGACGGAUGCCCAGCUCGGGGGAUAAAUGCACUAAGGCUUUACCAUAUGAACCUUACAAGGCACUUCAUGGUCCCCUGCCUCUUUGCCUUUUAAAAGGCAAAAAGGCUCAUUCUAAAUCCCUGGACUACCUCAAUUUAGACAAAAUGAGCAUUGAGGAACCUGCUGACACAGACAUGCUACAAUACCAGCUUCAACACCUUACCCUUAGAGGGACCGACCGUAUGUUUGCAAGAAACAAUACAUGAACUAUGAAGUAUAAUCUAGAAUUUAGAACCAGUUUGUUUAUUUCUCUGCUGCAAAAAUAUACUGUCAUACUGUACAUGACUGUCCACAUUGUAGGUGAUAUAACCUAAAUGUUAUCAGAAAGUAAUUAAUUUGAAUAGGAUUUUGACAAUACAUUGUGUUAUAAAUGGAGGGAAAAAUCUUUCCAGAGCAAGCAGCUUCUAAUACAAAUUUGGCUGUAGCUAGUGGAUAUUUCUUUGAACAUCUUUUAACAAAGAAAAGGCUUUUGUUUUUUGGGUUUGGGUUUGUUUUUUGUGGUUUUUUUUUUUUUUUACAGUUAUCUAGUAUUAAUGGUAAUUUAAUACUGAAAAAUUGAAGGUCUACUUGGUUGUUGCUAAUUUUGGCUUGAUGUUAGAAAUUGCUCUUGCAUAAGUACUCAAGCUAUCUUUUUGUUUCUUAAUGUAUUCUACAAUAAAAUGUAUGUAUGACAUCAUGGGAAUGAAUGUGAGCUUGGCUAAAUUGGAUCACCUGUUAUUUUAAAACAUUCUAUUCAAACAUUUGGAAACUGGGUCUGCAUUGGUGGUGACAAGGAAAUUAACUCAUAAAAUAAACCUUUGUUUAUUUGCUACUUCAAAGCUAUUACAUUAUUUUUUGUUUCUGUAUGGAAGUAAUUGUUUUACCUCCUCUUUUUUAUAAAAUGAGUUUGGGAUAAGUAUUUGGAAUAUUAGUAGAUUGAAUACACUGGCUUAAUUUGUUGCAUAAGAAUUUUUUUGUCCAAAUAUGACAUCCAAUGCAGUGUUGACAGAUGUAUUCUUAGAUAUCUUUAAAACAUGUUAGUAACUUAUGUUUAAAAAUUAAACAUUUCUAGACAUUUUUAGGUACAGUCUAUUACUGAGGCAGCGUGCAACUUCAUUUUACUUUACAUAUUUUGAAGUUAAAAUUAAGAUCAUGUUUUGAAAUGUAUCUUAUUUGAUCAGUUGUUUCUAGUACAAUUUAGGAGACUUGUUUCUUCAGGAUGAGUAGCAAGCACUAGUCAGUGCAUGCAUUGUGGAAAAUGAAGAGUUCUUUUCAUUCUGCCACUUACUGUACAAUUGUAACUGAAGGCAGUGAAGAGGACCCCAGUAGACUAUUUUACUGGUUUGCUUAAUGUUUUCUGGCUUGUUAGAAUAUUUACAACUGAUGUGUAUUUUAAAAAGUUAUCUGCACCUCUGUAAAUUUCAUGUAUUGAACAAUGAUCUCUUUAAUAAACUUUUCCUGUGUAGUCUUUAGUUUGAAAAACAGAAUAUGGUCGUGCCAAAAAGAUGGAGGUUUUGUCUAAGAAAUAAACACCAUUAUUUAUUGAAAUGCCCUAUGAAAAUGUAUUUCUGGCUGAAAAAUAAAAAGAGUGAUAUCAAUACCUAUUUUUGUGGAGUCUCUUGCUGUGUAGAAGAAUGAGGACAUUUAAAAUUACAACUUUAUACCAGGGAUCACUAAAACUUGAAAACAGGAAUCUUAUACUUCUGUGAAAUAUUGAGACAGUUACGGUUGUUCUGUUUCAGAAAAUCAGACAAGUAAUUGUCCAUUUUGUGCAUGUUAUUAAUUUGGUCCUGGGAAGUAAGUGUAUAGCUACAUCAGAGACUGGUGGCUGUCUUGCCAAGUUAAAACAUGAAAAAUUUGUUAGUAUUUUGUCUGUCUAGUAGCUUGCUUGUGAAAGGGAUUGCACCUGAUAAUAUUGCUUAACUGAUUUGUACUUGCAGUUACACUUGCAUAGUAUAUAAUCAUUCAAGAGCCAAUUUUUCUUUAUUUUGAGAUGGAUUUAUGAUAUUCUUAAUUAGAACUCAAAUUCAUAUAGUGAUUUCCUGGUUUUACUUCUAAAAGAAGCAAAUUCUCAGACAUAAAGAAGCUUUUAAUCUUGUUUUAUUUUUGAUAAUUGUAAUGUCUUACACUAAUUAUUAAAAUUAAAGGCAGGAUGGUUCUGUAAACUAGUAAAAUGAAAUUGAAUGUGAACAAUACUAAUUUCUCAAAGUGUAACACACAGAUAAUAUAGAAAUACCAACAAUUAUGUUUUGCUAUUGUUUCUACCUGACAAAACUUCCUACCAAAAAUUCUGUCAGCUGUCUGCCAGAAGCUCUCACCAGAGCUUCCUGCUGGAGUUUUCCUGCCAAAAGAUCAUAGAAUCAUAGAAUCAUAGAAUUAACUGGGUUGGAAGAGACCUUCAAGAUCAUCAAGUCCAAUCCUUGAUCCUGCCAUUGUUUAUGGUUAUCAUAUCUCCUCAGACAUCUGAACUGGCUACGUGCCAAGAAACCAUGUACUUUGAACACUAUAAAACUUGAGGACAAAUUUUGGAAAAUCAGGGAAGAGGAAAGGGAGAAAGAACUGGUUGCCCCAGGAGUCUCUCCUCACCUCCCCUCAUCUCUUCUCCACCACCGUAUGCUGCCUACCUGCCACGGGAGACUGGAACUCUGCCAGCCUGGAGAGAACUGAGACCUGCCAUACCACAUGUGUGAGUUAUAUCUUAUCCUUCUACCCUUACCAUAUUUUCUGAGGGCCCAAAGCUGCGGCUGAACUGAGACCCUGUAUGGCCUGGGAUGCGCCUCGGCUCGUUGCAAGUAACGUGAGCAAAGAAACCACACAUCCUGCAAUCCAGAGAAAUAAAGCUGUUAGACCCCCUGCAGCUAAAGAGAUAAAAUUGAAAAGCAGUGGAGACAGAGAAAAAAAAAGGCAGAAAACUACUUCUCCCCCCCCAUUUGCACUAGCAUGGCAGAAAGGUAGUUUUUGGUGGAAUCCUUUCUCUGCUUCUAGAAAUAAUCUUAGCACUUUCCAACCUUUUCUUAUUUUUCCCUCUUUCUCUUUGCAUCUCUUAGCAAUUAAUAAAAUCAGUUUUUGGUAUCAACAGAUAACUUGUGUGAGUUUUAAUUUUGUUGAAAGGAAUAUUCGAAUCAGAAAUUCUUUCUGC